AUGGCAAGUCUGGAAGCUCCGCUGAUAUCAAAUCGAGACCAAGCAGAGGACGACGAUGAUGCUUUGCAAGAUGACACGCCGGAGCCCAUCCCUGCUGGGACGAGGGAAGCAGCCCCGGGGGUCUUUGUAUGGCUGCUGACUCUGUCUGCCGGCAUCAGUGGGCUGUUAUUUGGCUACGACACCGGCGUCAUCUCCGCGACUCUCGUCUCCGUCGACACAUCCCUCUCAGACCGGGCCUUGACCUCGCUCGACAAGUCCAUCAUCACGUCGAGCACCGCCCUCUUUGCCCUGCUGAUCACGCCCUUCUCCUCCGUCCUCGCCGACUCCUUCGGCCGCAAGCGCGUCAUCCUGCUCGCCGACGUGCUGUUCGUCCUCGGCGCCGUGCUGCAGGCCUGCAGCUACACCGUCCCCAGCAUGGUGGUCGGGCGCUCGGUCGUGGGCGCCGCGGUCGGCGCCGCCAGCUUCGUGGUACCGCUGUACAUUGCCGAGGUGGCGCCGGCGUCGUACCGCGGCCGCCUGGUCACCAUCAACGUGCUCUUCAUCACCCUGGGCCAGGUCAUUGCGUACAUCAUCGGCUGGGUCUUCGCCGAGUACGGCGACCGCGCGACGGGCUGGCGGUGGAUGGUGGGCCUGGGCGCCGUGCCGGCCGCGGUGCAGAACGUGCUCAUCCUGUUCAUGCCCGAGACGCCGCGGUGGCUGGUCAAGGCGGGACGCUCCAGUGAGGCACACCUCGUCGUUCGAAAGGUGUCCGGGCGAGGGUCAGAGGCGGCCAGGGUGGCAGAUGCGGUGCUGAAGAACAUCGAGGUCGAGGUCAGGGAGGAGGAGCACACGAAGCGGAGCCGCCGCCGUGAUGGCUCGCGGAUGCCGUGGCUGGAUGGCUGGGACGAGCUGUUUACCGUGCGGAGAAACCGUCGAGCUUUGGCUAUCGCGUGUCUACUUCAGGGGCUGCAGCAGCUCUCUGGGUUCAACUCCCUGAUGUACUUCUCGGCAACGAUCUUCACACUCCUUGGCUUCGCCAGCCCUACGCUCACCUCACUGACGGUUGCUGUCACGAAUUUCAUCUUUACCGUCAUGGCGCUGCUACUUAUUGACAAGAUCGGACGGCGGAGAAUACUCCUCUACUCGAUCCCCUUCAUGAUGAUCGGCCUCUUGCUCUCCGCAUACGGCUUCUCCUUCAUCAAGAUAUCUACAUCAGCCAUGUCGGCACCCACCGGCACCGCAGCACCCGAGGUAUCCGACCGCAACGCGGCGCUCAUCGUGCUGGUCAGCAUCAUGCUCUACGUGGCCGCGUACGCCAUCGGGCUGGGCAACGUGCCGUGGAUGCAGAGCGAGCUGUUCUCGCUGAGCGUGCGCUCGCUGGGCAGCGGGGCGGCGACGAGCACCAACUGGCUGGCGAACUUUGUCAUCGGGCUCACCUUCCUACCGCUGAUGGAGGCGCUCACGCCGUCGUGGACGUUCGUCCUGUACGCGGCCAUCUGCGGCGCGGGGCUGGGCCUCAUCUGGAGGGUCUACCCCGAGACGUCCGGGCUGAGCCUCGAGGAGGCGGCGAGCCUGCUGGAAGACGACGGGUGGGGUGUCCGGUAG